GAAAAGGAAAAUAAUGAAUAAUGAAUAAUGAAUUUACAAAAUAUAGAGUAUACUAUAUACAAUAAUUACGUGAUAAGGCGAUACGUGCUUGCCAGCUUUACUCGGCAAUGGUGGCAACAUAUUUAGUGAUGAACCCAUAAUAUAUUAUUAUCAAAAAUUAAAAAUUGGCCAAAAGGGGUUGAUUGCACAUCCUUUUAGCUUUCUGGGUAGGAAGAAUUUUGCGAGAAAAGAUUGAUUGGGAAAAAAGAUGGUGUUGGAUCCAAAGCUGGUGCUGGUGGUGUUCAUCAGCACCUGCAUUCUGGCCAUCAAUGGAGGCACAGAUCCAAAUGACGUGGCUUCUCUAAAGGGUAUGUAUCAAAGUAUGAACUCGCCAACCCAACUAAAUUGGAAUGGUGAUGAUCCUUGUGGACAGUCUUGGCAAGGCAUUACUUGCUCUGGCAAUCGUGUAACAGAAAUUAAGUUACCUGGUCGUACACUAACCGGAUCUUUGGGUUACCAGCUAGAACCCAUGACAUCUGUGACAAACCUAGACCUGAGUAACAACAAUCUUGGUGGCACCAUACCAUACCAACUUCCUCCUAAUCUGCAGUACUUAAAUCUUGCAAAUAAUAAUUUCAACGGGCAAAUCCCUUAUUCUCUUUCUGAUAAGACUUCUCUUAUAGUCCUGAAUCUUGGUCACAAUCAGCUCCAGCAAGGAAUUAAUGUUGAUUUUCAAAAGCUCUCUUCUCUCAACACAUUGGAUCUAUCGUUCAAUUCUUUGUCAGGUGACCUGCCUCAGACUUUGAGCUCACUUUCAAGCAUAAGCACCAUGAAUCUGCAAAGCAACCAAUUUACAGGCACCAUUGAUGUCCUUGCUAAUCUGCCUCUUGAUAAUCUGAAUGUGGAAAACAAUCAUUUUACCGGCUGGAUACCAGAACAAUUGAAAAAUAUAAACCUACAGAAGGAUGGUAAUGCAUGGAGCUCAGGACCUGCACCCCCACCUCCUCCUGGGACACCUCCAGUAACAACAAGAAACCGAAAUCACAAAUCUGGCGGCCAUACCACAUCAGAUGGUGACUCAAAUGAUGGCGGAGACAAAAAAUCUGGUAUAGGCGGUGGUGGCAUUGCUGGAAUAGUGAUCUCCAUCCUGGUUGUUGGGGCAAUAGUAGCAUUCUUUCUGGUGAAGAGGAGAUCCAAAAAGUCAUCUAAUGAUGUUGAAAAGCUUGACAAUCAGCCCUUGGCUCCUCAUACUUCAAAUGACGUGCAUGAAAUGAAUUCCAUGCAAACUUCAUCGGUUAUUGACUUGAAGACAUUUGAUACAACUUCGGCCCCAAUAAGCCUUAAACCUCCACCUUUUGAUCGUCACAAAUCAUUUGAUGAAGAUGAGUUUUCAAAGCAGCCCCCGGUUGUAGUCAAUAGGCCCAUUACAGUCAAGAAGACUGUCACAGCUCCUGCAAAUGUAAAAUCAUAUUCUAUAGCUGACCUACAGAUUGCUACUGGAAGCUUCAGUGUGGAUCAGCUUCUUGGAGAGGGGUCUUUUGGUCGUGUGUACCGUGCUCAAUUUGACAAUGGAAAGGUUCUUGCUGUGAAGAAGAUAGAUUCAUCUGUCCUUCCCAAUGAUUUGUCUGAAGAUUUUGUAGAAUUAGUUUCAAACAUAUCCCAUUUGCAUCAUCCGAAUGUGACAGAGCUUGCAGGUUAUUGUUCAGAGCAUGGACAGCAUCUACUAGUCUAUGAAUUUCAUAAAAAUGGAUCACUGCAUGACUUCCUUCACCUACUUGAUGACUAUAGUAAACCAUUGAUAUGGAAUUCACGUGUGAAGAUUGCUUUGGGGAUUGCACGUGCUUUAGAGUACCUCCAUGAAGUAUGUUCACCAUCAGUUGUUCAUAAGAAUAUAAAGUCAUCCAACAUAUUGCUUGAUGCAGAUCUUAAUCCUCAUCUUUCCGACAGUGGAUUGGCAAACUAUAUUCCAAAUGCAAACCAGGUAUUGAACAAUAAUGCUGGAUCCGGAUAUGAAGCUCCUGAAGUUGGCUUGUCUGGUCAUUACACUCUUAAGAGUGAUGUCUAUAGCUUUGGAGUCGUCAUGUUGGAACUUCUCAGUGGACGAAAACCAUUUGACAGCUCAAGGCCAAGGUCUGAGCAGGCUUUGGUUCGAUGGGCAACACCUCAACUCCACGAUAUCGAUGCUUUGGCUAAAAUGGUUGAUCCUGCAUUGGAAGGACUAUACCCUGUGAAGUCUCUAUCUCGAUUUGCGGAUGUUAUUGCUCUUUGUGUUCAGCCGGAGCCAGAAUUCCGACCACCGAUGUCAGAAGUGGUUCAAGCAUUGGUUCGAUUAGUACAGCGUACUAACAUGAGCAAACGGACGUUUGGAACUGAUCAAGGAGGAUCCAACCAAGGAGGUGAUAACCAAGAAACACAAGACAUGUAAAUGGGAACAAAAGCCUUGUGUUGAUAGAAUGGCAGAAAAGGAAAACAAUAUUAAUAUUUUCAUCAUUUCUUCAUAACCCCUCAGCCAGUUUCUCUCGAGUUAGAUUGGUUGCACCUUUGAUUAUUGAAGCUAGAGAACUAUUGGUGUAUGUUUCUGAGCUAUUUCUUUUAUUGGUGGUAUAAAUUUCAAUAAUUUAACCUUUUGCAAAAUUGAAGCUCGGUUAAGAUUGAUGGUUGCCAUCUUGUUGUAAUAAGUAGGAAUCAUAGUUAAGCUUUUUCAUCCUAUUUUGUGAUUGUAUGGGUCCAAUAUUUUGUAUUAGUCUAAACUCUAAAUAAAUAUUCGACCUGUGUUGGGGUCAUUUUUCUCCA